AUGCCAAUUGAAACACAACUGAAUGUGUCCCUCAGGAAGAGGAGAAAUAUCUUCGACAGUCGUUUUGUGAAGAUGGAUGGUCCCGGAGAGACGCUCCUUACAUUUAUGAACAUCCAGCAUCUUGCAACAAACAAGUCGCUCCGAGUGGCCACCGACCACAGCUUGGAAUGUAACGUGUGUACCUACACGUACAUACAUACAUACAUGUGA